AUGAGGUUGGGGCGAUUCCAUCGAGUGCAACAUACACCUGAAUCCGAACCCAAAUCCCAAGGUCCAACACCGCAAUCCGCAAUCCAAAAUGCCCGUCCACCCCCCUCCGCCGAAUCAACCUUCCAAACCGACCUCCACGACCGCCACCUAAUCUACGACUACGACGCAAGCGAUGCUUCCGGCGCACCGCAGAAAUGGCGAUAUGAGAUGUGGUUUGAGAACAGCGCGCGAAUCAACUACGCCAUUCACGGCGGCCCAAUGGCCGGCCGGGUCAAUUUCCAAACAGCAGACUACCAGUGCAUCCGUCCUGGCGAGAUCUGGCAGUGCAACUGGCUCGAGGAGACGGGGACGAUCGUUUCCCUUGUUUAUGAUAUCCCGCGGAAGAAGAUCACCACCCUGCUGGCGUUUAGCAAGGGGCAUUGGGAGAAUGCCGACAGUGCGCACGGUGAUAAGCGAAAUGCAGAGGAUUUGGAGAGGUGGAGGGGGCUGGCGAAGAUCGGGGUUCAAACUGAUAGGUUUCUUCUGAGUGAACAGGCGGAUAUCUUGGAGGAUUUCCGCGGAAAGGGGAGUUUGGUGCCCGUUGAUAUGAGUUUGCCGACGCUUUAA